AUGUUAAAGACAUUGUUAGUUCACGGGAUACUCUUCUUCUUCUUAACCGGCUCCAUCGCCGCCGACGAAAACGACGGUGGCUUGUCCUUAUGCAACUGCGACGACGAGGACAGCCUCUUCAGCUUCGAGGCAAUCCUCGAAUCGCAGAAAGUCGGCGACUUUCUAAUCGCGGUCGCGUAUUUCUCGAUCCCAAUCGAGCUCGUCUACUUCGUCAGCCGCACCAAUGUGCCUUCGCCUUACAACUGGGUCGUCUGCGAGUUCAUAGCCUUCAUUGUCCUCUGUGGCAUGACCCAUUUGCUCGCUGGCUUCACCUACGGACCCCACUCGGCUUGGGUCAUGACAGCUGUCACUGUCUUCAAGAUGCUGACUGGGAUCGUCUCCUUCCUCACGGCGGUCUCGCUCGUCACUCUCUUGCCUCUGCUUCUCAAAGCCAAGGUUCGAGAGUUUAUGCUGAGCAAGAAGACGAGAGACCUUGGCCGUGAGGUUGGGAUCAUAAUGAAGCAGACGGAGACGAGCUUGCACGUUCGUAUGCUCACUAGGAAGAUUAGGACGUCUCUUGAUCGUCACACGAUACUCUACACGACGCUCGUGGAGUUGUCCAAGACUCUGGCGCUCAAGAACUGCGCCGUUUGGAUCCCGAACGAGAUCAAGACGGAGAUGAAUCUUACUCACGAGUUAAGACCGAUGAACGAUGACGAGAAUUAUGAGAAUGAGACUGUUGGUGGUGGUGGUAAUGGUGGUGGGUUUUCUUUACCGAUAUCCGAGGCUGAUGUUGUGAGGAUUAAGAGAAGCGAAGAGGUGAACAUGUUGAGCCCUGGCUCUGCGCUAGCCUCGGUGACUAGCAGAGGCAAGGCAGGUCCUACGGUUGGGAUAAGAGUACCGAUGCUUCGGGUUUGUAACUUCAAAGGCGGGACGCCGGAGGCGAUCCACAUGUGUUACGCGAUCUUGGUCUGUGUGCUUCCGUUGGGGAAGUCUCGGAACUGGACAUACCAAGAGCUUGAGAUUGUCAAGGUUGUGGCUGAUCAGGUGGCGGUUGCCAUCUCUCACGCCGUGAUCCUCGAAGAGUCUCAGCUCAUGAGAGAGAAGCUGGCGGAACAGAACCGAGCGCUUCAGGUGGCGAGGGAGAACGCGCUGAGAGCUAACCAAGCGAAAGCUGCGUUCGAGCAGAUGAUGAGCGAUGCCAUGAGACGUCCCGUGAGGUCUAUUCUCGGGUUGCUUCCUAUGAUAACGCAGGACGGGAAGUUGCCGGAGACGCAGAAGGUUAUUGUUGAUGCGAUGGGGAGAACCAGCGAGCUGUUGUUACAGCUUGUGAACAACGCCGGAGAUAUAAACAACGGGACGGUCCGGGGAGGGUCGGAGACGCAUUGUUUCAGUUUGCGUUCGGUUGUGAAGGAAACGGCUUGCUUGGGGAGGUGUUUGUGCCUUGGGAACGGGUUUGGUUUCUCAACGGAAGUUGAUAGAGCGUUGCCUGAUUAUGUUGUGGGAGAUGCGAGAAGGUUGUUUCAAGUGAUGUUGCAUAUGCUUGGGGGUUUGAUGAACCGGAAGAUCAAAGGGAAUGUGACUUUCCGGGUUUUGCCGGAAAGUGGAAGCUCGGGUUUAGAAGAGAGGAAAGAUAGCCAAGAAGCGGUUUGGCGACAAUGCUAUUCUAAAGAGUACAUUGAAGUUAGAUUCGGGUUCGAUGUAGCUGCUGCAGAAGGCGACGAGAGUAUAUAUAGAAGUAACAUGGAGGAGGAGGAGAUUCCGAGAUUCGACAUCUGCGAAGAUAUCGUAAAGUUGAUGCAAGGGAAUAUACGGGUUGUGGAGAACGGUCUAGGUUUGGUGAAAAGCCUAUCGGUUGUUUUCCGGUUCCAGCUCCGGCGAUCUAUAAUGUCACGUGGCGGUGGAUAUUCUGGAGAAACGUUUAAGACAUCAGCUCCUCCGUCUGCUAGUAAUUGA